CCUGCGUCAUAUUCCUGCUCCCGGAAGUGGAGCUGUGCAGCAUGAUGUUUACAUGCGCGAUCCUGACCUAAACGAAAGCAGCAGGAUAAAUCUGUUCACGAUGAAGCACGUGUUUCUGACUGGAGUUCCCGGUGUAGGUAAGACCACUCUGGUGAAGAAGGUGUGUGAUACCCUGUCGGGUCUGUCAGUCAGUGGUUUCUACACUGAGGAGGUGCGCGAGCAUGGCAGGAGAGUGGGGUUUGAUGUGGUGACGGUCAGCGGAGAUCGAGGACGUCUGUCCAGGGUCAGCUCUGGAUCUGCCGCUGGUGGACGUGAAUACAGAGUUGGCCAGUAUGUAGUGGAUCUCCAGUCCUUUGAGAGUCUCGCCCUUCCUCUUUUCAGAAAUAUGCAGGAGGGAAGUGGAAAGCAGCUGUUUGUGAUGGACGAGGUAGGGAAGAUGGAGUUGUUCAGCCAGCCGUUUAUCCGAGCCGUGAGACAGAUUCUGGAGAAAUCCUGCUGCUCAGUCCUCGGCACAAUCCCUGUUCCUAAAGGAAAACCACUGGCGCUGGUGGAGGAGCUGCGCAGCAGAGCAGACGUCAAGAUAUUCAUGGUUACAAAGGAAAACAGAGACGUGAUUUUUGACGACAUUGUGUCUGCAGUACGAGAGUGCCUGAAGUAAAUGAGGAGCAGCAUCAUAUAUGCUAAAAUAUAAACCUCUUUUUUAUAAUUAGAGAAUCAUUUACCAUCAAUACUGUAAUGAUGCAAUUUUAUUAGAGAAUGUAUAAAGUAAUGCUAUUACACUGACCACAACAUUUAUUAAUGCUAAAACUCACUUUCAGCAUUAAAACAGCUUUACAUUAAGUGCUCAAGAAGAUCAAAUAAUAAAAUCAGUACUGUUUGUGUACAGUACUGCUUGUGUUAUAAAAUAUAAUGCAUGUAUAAUUUUUGUUAAAUAUAAAGAGCAUAACAUUAUACAUGCUUUAAUCAGAAGCUGAGAACUGUGUGCAUUUGAUGUUAAACGAACAAAUCAGCCCUCAUCUUUGCUUUUUUGGUCAAAUUCCAGCUAAGAUUGUGUUUUUCCUCCCACAGGUGACGUGAUUGAGAGUGCCUGAAGUAAACGAGAACCGACAUACACACUGAUAACUGAUCAGUUAUGCUUCCAGAGUCAUUCUCAGGUGUUGUUUUUGACUACAGCUCAGUGUAUAAUGUAUGCGUUUCAGCAACACGUCUGCUAAUGGACGCACCUCUGCAUUAUUGAUCGCGAUGGAGUGAGGAACGAUGCAGAUAUAAAGCUUUUCCACAUUUUCCUCUGGACAGAAAGGCCAUUGAAGUGCUGAUCUUUCCUCAUUAAGUGACCUGAGCUUCCUGAAUAUACACUUAAAACAAGAAAAUAACAAGUUUCAUUUAUUGACAGCUAAAAUUUGGAAAUGCAUGCCUGAAUAUGAUAAAAUAAGUGUACUUUUGCUCCAACACAUUAUGUUUGCUGCUCGUGCAAACUACUUAUUUAAAUUGAGCUGAAACACAAUUCUUGUUUUUUUUUUGUUUGUUUUUUUUUGUGUGGGGGGGUAACUUAAUUGUUUUAUGUUCAAUCUACUUACAUUUGUAAACUCAAUUAAACUUAAUUGAUUUGUUUAGGGAUAGCAUGAAGAUCUUUAAAAAAUGCUUGGUUCCACACAAUCUUGUCUCAACGCAAAUUGAUUAAAGCUACCUUAGGGGUUUUUGCAAUUUUAAGUUGAUUGACCAUCAAACAAUUAAGUUGUUCCUAAAAAAAAAAAUUCAAGAAUUGUGUUGUUUCAGCACAUUUUAAAUAACUGUUUUGCUGCUUUUUCAAACUACUUUUUUGAGUCUGGGAUAAAGGAGAAAUGACACAUUUAAGGUGCUUUUUAUGUUGACAAAAUACGAUGAUAUGAUGAGAUGAAUACUUAUAUUUGUUUUGUUGACUGAAAACUUUUUAUGUUGGUAGAUGCAAAGUGAAAGAAUAAAAGUUUAUGUUUGAAGGUG